AUGAGCUCAAGUACACUAAGAAAUAUCACGUCUCUUUUUAGGACACUCUAUUUUUCUUUUGCGCUUACUUUCUAUUUGCUCGCGUGCAUAUUUGUUAUCCCUGUGGUGUACACUAUAUACGGAUUAUUUCGGAUUAUGGGGUUCAAAAUGGAAAAGUACAAGUCAAUGGUCGGAAAGCUGUGGCUGCGUGUAACGGAAUCUUUGCUGUGCAUUUUGAUAGGGGACAACACAUACAUAGUCUACAAGGAGAUGGACAGCAGAGAAAAAAUGGCAAACAGUCUGAUUAUUUCCAAUCACACCUCGUACGUGGACUGGAUAUAUCUGUGGUCGCUUCUCCUAAACUCUGGGAGAGACGGGAUCUCGUUUAUAGCGAAAGAGGCCGUGGGGGCGUUCUAUCCGCUGAAGCUGGGCAUGGACAUGCUUAACUUUGUGCUUCUGAGCAGGAAGAUGGAAGAGGACAAAAAGCGCCUUAAGACUGCGUGUGCUGCCUUGCAGGAGAGGGAGAGCUUCAACUUGGUGAUCUUCCCAGAAGGCACCUUUAUUGACAAAGAUACGAAAGAAAGAGACAUUUCUUUCCUUAAGAAGGAGCUGAAGAAUAGAGAACUUCUCAAGAACAUGCCCAAGGAAGAGGCUGAGCAGAAAAACAUACACACAACUGUCCCAAACCACAUUACAACAGUCUUUGAAAAAGUUAUAUUCCCAAGAGUCAAGGGCUUUAAGCUACUCCUGGACGAGCUGAAGGACAGCAUAAAGUACAUCAUCGACUGCACCAUAUACUUGAACAUGCACAACAAGCAUGCAGUAUACCCGUCGGAGCACUUCACGCUCUACAACAUUUUGCUCGGAAGGUGCUCGAGAAUGCAGGCCCUCAUUGUGUGCGAAAACAUUGAACUUACGCCCGAGAUAAUAGAGAAUCCCGAGAAGUGGAUGUACGCCAGAUUUGAGCAGAAGGACAAAAUGCUUAAAAACUUGAGGGAUGAGAACAGCGAAAUAAACCGAAAGUGCGCAGACUACAAGCAGCAGGGGUACACAAUAAAGAGGAUACACCCGUCUCUGUCGGUCACCAUACUCCUCUCCGCCGGUUCCCUGGCAACUAUGCUGGCCUGCUCCACCGCCGUAUACUUUCUGUGCUUCUUUCUAUAUGCAAGACUGAAGAGCCUUCAUGACCUAGUAUGCUCCUUAGAGCACAUACCAUUUUUAAAUGCUGCAUAA